AUGGCCUCUCUUCAAUUGCGCGCACAGCGUGCUGCUCUUCAGAACUUGCGAACGCCUACCACAGCCAGCUGCAGAGCCUCGAGGUUACCUGAGACUCUGAUCCGCGCCUAUGCUACCGAGAUCGAACCGGGAAAGCAGAACAAACCCGCCGCACGACAGAGCAAUGAGACCAAGGUGGGCAGGUCGUUCCAGGGCCAGGUCAUGGGCAGUAUUGGAGCUCGAUUAAGGCGUGAGAAGGAGCAGCGCGCACAAUAUGAGGAGUGGCGUAACCUAACAGAUCCUACACGGAACUGGAUGAUGACUUUUGUAUUCCUCUCAGGUGUCGGAAUCUCAUACUGGCUUGGCACUUAUUGGCCAAGAGAGCCUGAACCCUCGUCGACACUUCCUCUCGGCAAGACCACAGCGCCCAAGCACAACACAAAACUCGAGAAUAUGCAGGCCGCCUGGGCCGACUUUGUCAAGAUUGUUGGCCAGGAUAAUGUUAGCACCGCCGAGAACGAUAUCGAACACCACGCUACCUCGAGCUGGUCCUCCCACCAAGCUGGUGCCGAUGAACGAUCUUUCUGUGUUGUCUACCCUUCAACUACCGAGGAAGUAUCCGAGAUCAUGAAGGUCUGUCACAGACGCAGGAUUCCAGUUACUGGUUACAGCGGCGGUACCAGUCUCGAGGGCCACUUUACUCCCACGCGCAAGGGUGUCUCCAUCGACUUUGGCCGUAUGAACAAGAUCAUCAACCUUCACAAGGAGGAUCUUGAUGUCGUUGUCCAGCCUGCCAUGGGUUGGGAGGCUCUCAAUGAUCACCUUGGUCAACAAGGCCUCUUCUUCCCUCCCGACCCCGGCCCUGGUGCCAUGAUUGGAGGCAUGAUCGGUACCGGGUGCAGCGGUACUAACGCCUACCGCUACGGUACCAUGCGCGAGUGGGUUUUGAGCCUGACGGUUGUUCUCGCUGACGGCACAAUUAUCAAGACCCGGCAACGACCUCGCAAGAGUUCUGCUGGCUACGACCUUACCAAGCUCUUCAUCGGCUCUGAGGGCACCCUCGGCCUUGUCACCGAGGCCACUCUCAAGGUCACCGUCAAGCCCGAGUCUACCAGUGUCGCUGUCUGUAGUUUCCCAUCGAUCCGCCACGCCGCCGAUUGCGUGAGCAAGGUUGUUGGUCAAGGCGUUCCUGUUGCAGCCGUUGAAAUCCUUGACGAUAACCAAAUGAAGUGCAUCAACGAUGCAGGUAUGACAUCGAAAGCUUGGGCCGAGGCGGCAACCCUUUUCUUCAAGUUUGCUGGUACUCCCGCUGGUGUCAAGGAGCAGAUCGCUCAGGUGCAAGGCCUUGCCAAGAAGUCCGGUAGCAAGACCUUCGAGUUUGCAAAGAACCAGGAGGAGCAAGACGAGUUGUGGAGUGCGCGAAAGGAGGCUCUCUGGAGCACAAUGGCUGUCAAGAAGCCCGAUGACCACGUGUGGACCGGUGACGUCGCCGUACCUAUGAGCAAGCUGCCAGAUCUGAUCGAGGAGACUAAGGAGGAUAUGGCCAAGAGUGGCCUGUUUGCCUCUAUCGUGGGACACGUUGGCGACGGCAACUUCCACACUAUCCUUUUGUAUAACGACUCUGAGCGACCAAAGGCUGAAGCUGUGGUGCAUCGCAUGGUCAAGAAGGCUGUCGAGAUGGAGGGCACUGUGACGGGUGAGCACGGCGUUGGUCUUGUCAAGCGGGAUUACCUCCCCCAUGAGCUUGGCGAGACCACGGUCGAUGCUAUGCGACAGAUCAAGAAGGCUUACGACCCCCUAUGUCUGCUUAACUGUGACAAGGUCGUGCGUGUAGAAAGACCCAAGAAGGGAGAGGUUUCAGAGUGGUAA